AGAUCAUCAAGGACAACAACCACCCGAGCCACUGCCUGUUCACCCCGCUAUCAUCCAGAAGGUAGUACAGAGAGAUGAUGAUGAUCCCCCGAGGGAGGGGAGGGAGGUUGUUGAGGAAGAACCAGUGGCCCAGCUCAAGAAGGAGCCCAAGAAGACAGGAAAGGAUUGAGGAAUAAACACCCGGACAGAGGAUCUGUUAUUGAGCUCUUGGAGAAGAAUGCUCUUAAGGCUGCAUUCGGCCCAGGCAACAAAGAUGAGAUGGAGGACUGCUACCCAAUCCUCAUCUCAUUCAUGCGCAAUCUUACUGAUGAGCAAUGGCAAGUGAUCUAUAAAGGAUUUAAAAAACCUAUGACAAAGGAACAGCUUGCAAAAUUGUGCAAGACCAUUGUCAACUCCAUUACACAGACCACCCUGCAGAUCCUGCUGCCGGCCCUGGCCCGCAUUCUAGGGGUGACGGGCUUUUAUGACAACAAAUAUUUGGCGAAGGAGAUGUGUAGCUGUGGCGGCAGGGCUCUCCGACCAAGGUCUAGCACACCCUCUUCCAAGAGUUCCCAGACCUCACUGAAAGCCCACCUGGGAAUGCCAGAGGACAGUAUCAUCAGCAGUGCCCAGGAGCAACUGUCAAAAUCUGACCAAAUGGUGGCUGCAGGACAGCUUUCAGAAAUAGAUAAAGUGGUUGGAACUAUGCUGGAGAACAUUGAGAAGAUAAGCAGCGAAUUUGGCGAGGAAUUGGUCUAUCAAGAGUCACUGCGGUCUUCUUCCUCGUUGUCAUUCUCAACUGCCAAAUCACAGAAGACAGAGUGGGAAUUUGCACUCCCUGGCACUCCCAUUCCUUCUGAGUUACCCGAGAGUACUGCUCAGCCCAUUGUAAGAUGCUCAGUCAUUGACAUGAGCGAAUCUACUAAGCCAAAAACAAUGGUGUGUGAUGCCAGAACAAGCAUGUUUGCCAUAGCCUGA